AUGGCGAGAUAUUCCCAUUCUGGAGUUGAAGAACGUCUCGAAACUUCUUCUGCUAAAAAAUUAACAGAUAUAGGAAUUAGACGAAUCUUUUCUUCAGAGCAUGACAUUUUCCGGGAAAGUGUAAGGAGAUUUUUCCAAGAAGAAGUGGUUCCUCAUCACACAGAAUGGGAGAAAGCUGGACAAGUGAGUAGGGAGCUUUGGGAGAAAGCUGGUACACAAGGACUGCUGGGUAUCAACGUUCCUGAGGACCAUGGUGGCAUCGGUGGGGACCUCUACUCAGCGGCUAUCGUUUGGGAAGAGCAAUCAUAUUCAAAUUGUACAGGCCCAGGCUUCAGUCUUCAUUCAGAUAUUGUCAUGCCCUAUAUUUCAAACUAUGGCUCAAAAGAACAGAUUCAGCACUUCAUCCCCCAGAUGACUGCCGGCAAAUGUAUUGGCGCCAUAGCAAUGACAGAGCCGGGGGCUGGAAGUGAUUUGCAAGGAGUAAGAACAAAUGCCAAAAAGGAUGGAAGUGACUGGAUUCUCAAUGGAAGCAAGGUUUUCAUCACGAACGGCUGGAUGUGUGACGUUGUCAUCGUAGUCGCGGUCACAAAUCGUGAGGCCCGCUCUCCCGCCCACGGCAUUAGUCUUUUUCUGGUGGAAAAUGGAAUGAAAGGUUUCAUCAAGGGGCGAAAGCUCCAGAAAAUGGGAUUAAAAGCCCAGGAUACUGCUGAACUGUUCUUUGAAGAUGUGCGGUUGCCAGCUAGUGCCUUACUUGGAGAAGAAAAUAAAGGUUUCUAUUACCUUAUGAAAGAGCUUCCACAGGAAAGACUGUUGAUUGCUGAGUUGGCAACUGCAGCCAGUGAAUUCAUGUUUGAAGAAACCAGGAACUACGUCAAACAAAGAAAAGCUUUUGGGAAAACAGUUGCACAUAUACAGACAGUUCAGCAUAAGCUAGCAGAACUGAAAACACGCAUUUGUGUAACCCGGGCCUUUAUCGACAGCUGCCUCGAGCUGCACUCGAAGAAACGUCUGGACUCAGCCACGGCAUCCAUGGCGAAAUACUGGGCAUCUGAGUUACAAAACAGUACAGCAUAUGACUGCGUGCAGCUCCAUGGAGGUUGGGGAUACAUGUGGGAAUAUCCGAUUGCAAAAGCUUACGUGGAUGCCCGUGUCCAGCCAAUCUAUGGUGGUACUAAUGAAAUCAUGAAGGAGCUGAUUGCAAGAGAGAUCGUCCUUGACAAGUAGACAUCUGCCUGCAUCCUGGAAUCCUAUUACUUCUAAUCUGCUUUUAAAUCUACUUGAGAUAAAAUGCAACCUGGAAGUGAGGAGGAGGGGAGUAAAUAAUUAUGUAUGCUCUCUCUAUAGAAAAAUAAAU